GGAGCCGCGGGGAGCUUGGAGUCUGCCGCGGCGGCAGCGGUGGUGGCGGCGACGCGCAGCGUGGUCGCGCCCAUGGCGAGCAGCAGCGGCGGCAGGUAGGGACGGGCGGGGCGGGGGCCCGCUCUCCCGGUCAUGGCGCAGACGGAGCCCCCGAAAGCGGUGCGGCUGUGGCGCGAUGCUGCCUUGCGCGCACGGAAGCUGCAGGGCGGCCCCGGCGAGUCCGAGACAGAGCCGGACGCGGGGCCGCCGGGGGGGCCGCCGCCGCCGCCCCCCGCUACCGCCGCGUCUCGUCGCCCGCCCCCGACGGCGGCGCUGGGGGAGCUAGAGACACUGAACCUGAGCGGGCGGGGGCUAGAGGAGCUGCCCGAGGAGGUGGGCGCCGCCCUGAGCGGGCUGCGGGUGCUCAGCCUGCGGCGCAACCGGCUGCGCCGCUUGCCCGCCGCUGCCCUGCGCCACCUGAGCCGCCUGGCCGAGCUUGACCUGAGCCACAACCGGCUGCGGGGCCUGGGGGAUGGCGGGGCGCUGGUGGAGCUGCGGGGCCUGCGCAAGCUCAGCCUCAGCCACAACGAACUAGGCGCCGAGGGCCCAGGCCUGCCCCCACGCCUCGCCGAGCUGGGCCGCCUCGAGGAGCUUGACCUCAGCUUCAACCGCCUGCGUCGCUUGCCCGAGGGCCUGGGCCGCCUGCGGCAUCUCCGCGCCCUCGACGUCGACCACAACCUUCUGCCCUCCUUCCCUGCCCCGCUGCUGGAGCUGGCUGCCCUGGAGGAGCUCGACUGCUCUGGCAACCGCCACCUCGGGGCCCUGCCCGAGGGCAUUGCCGCUCUUCGCCGCCUCAAGAUCCUCUGGCUGAGUGGCACCGGGCUGGCAACCCUUCCCGAAGGCCUCUGCCAGCUGAGUGCCCUCGAGAGCCUCAUGCUGGAUGGCAACCGGCUGCAGGCCCUGCCUGCUGGCUUUGGCAGCCUGCAGCGGCUCAAGAUGCUGAACCUUUCCUCCAAUCUGCUGGGGGAGUUCCCUGCUGCCAUCCUGUCGCUGCCCAGUCUAGAGGAGCUCUACCUGAGCCGCAACCAGCUCACGCUUCUUCCCCAUCGCCUCUGUCAGCUCCACCAGCUUCGCACCCUCUGGCUGGACAACAAUCGCAUCCGCUAUCUACCUGACUCCAUUGUGCUCCUCCACAGCCUGGAGGAGCUCGUCCUGCAAGGCAACCAGAUUGCCAUUUUGCCUGAGGGCUUUGGGCAGCUUUCACGAAUCACUCUGUGGAAGAUCAAAGACAACCCCCUCAUCCAGCCCCCCUAUGAAGUGUGCAUGAAAGGCAUCCCCUACAUUGCUGCCUACCAGCAGGAGCUGGCCCACUCCCAGCCUGCUCUCAAACCCCGCCUGAAGCUGGUCCUCAUGGGCCUAAAAGAUGCAGGGAAGACCCUGCUGAGACGAUGCCUCAUGGAAGAAGAUGGGCAGAGAGAGGAUGUGGGGAGUCUGGAGGCAGGGAGCACUCAGGCCAGAGGUUGUACUGGGCAGCAGCAGGACAUUCGGUCAGUGCCAGCUGGGCGUUACCCCUUCCCAGAGCCUCAGGACACUUCCUCAGCAUGGGUACCUGACAUACAGCAGCUGGAACAUCUUGUUGAGCAGCAGGAUAUCUCUUGCGUGCCCUCUUGCCGAUUGAAAGGGGAAACACUGUGCCCUGCACCCUCACUGCCACCAAAUGCUCCCCAAGUAGCGUCAGGACUGGAACUGUUGGGAGGUAGCAAGGGCAUUGAAGUGAUGGACUGGACAGCGGAUGUAGAGAGGGGCCUGACAUUCAUUGUGUAUGAGCUGGCAGGGGACCCAAGCUAUGAUGUGAUCCAGUCUUUCUUCCUCUCUCCUGGAGCCCUAUAUGUACUGGUGGUAAAUCUGAGUGCCUAUGUCCCUCAGCACUUCUACCCUUCUGUGGGCUAUUUCUUGCACUGGCUUGGUUCCAAGGUGCCCCAUGCUGUGGUCUGCAUGGUGGGAACUCAUGCUGACCUCUGUGCAGAGCGGGAGUUGGAGGAGAAAUGCCUGGACAUCCAUCACCAGAUUGCUCAGCAGGAGAAGAGGGAUGCUGAGGGACUCCAGAGCUUGGUCCAGCAGGUGGAUGAGGCUUUGGGACAGGACUUUGACCUGCGCUGCUCCAGCCCGCAUGCUGCCUUUUAUGGGGUCUCAGACAAGAACUUGAGGAGAAAGAAAGCCCAGUUUCAGUACCUUCUCAACCACCGCCCACAGAUCCUGUCUCCAGUGCUGCCUUUCAGCUGCCGGGACCGUUGCCAAGUGCGUCGCCUGCGGGACAAGCUCCUCUCGGUGGCUGAGCACCGGGAUAUUUUCCCAAACCUGCACCGUGUGUUGCCCAAAUCCUGGCAAGUGCUGGAGGAGCUGCACUUUCAGCCACAAGCUAAGCAGAUGUGGCUUAGCUGGUGGGACUCUGCCCGGUUGGGCUUGCAGGCAGGCCUGACAGAGGAUCGGCUCCAGAGUGCCCUGUCCUACCUGCAUGAGAGUGGGAAGCUGCUGUACUUCGAGGAGCACCUCACCUUGCGGGAAUAUGUGUUCCACAACCUGCCACGGCUCAUUGACAUCCUCAAUGUCUUCUGCCAGCGUGAUGCCACUGUGCUGCUCCAGAAACUGUUCAGUGACACCAACAUUGAUGAACUGAGAGCCACUCAGCUCCAUCAUUAUGUGGAGGGCUUUUUGUUGCAUGGUCUCCUCCCUGCCCAUGUUAUCCGUCUCCUCCUUAAGCCCCAUAUCCAGAGCCGGGAGGAUCUGCAGCUCAUCUUGGAGCUGCUGGAGAAGAUGGGGCUCUGUUACUGUGUCAACAAACCCAAAUGCAAGCCCCUAAAUGGGGCGGCUGCUUGGUACAAGUUUCCCUGCUACGUGAGAAACGAGGUGCCCCAUGCAGAGGCAUGGAUCAAUGGCACCAAUCUGAGUGGACAGUCUUUCGUGGUGGAGCAGCUUCAGAUUGAAUAUAGCUUUCCAUUCAUUUUCCCACCCGGCUUGUUCGCACGCUACAGCGUCCAGAUUAACAACCAUGUGGUGCAGCGGUCCGAUGGCAAGUACCAGGUCUAUGCCUACCGGGGUAAGGUGCCUGUGGUAGUGAGUUACCGGCCUGCCAGGGGAGCUCUGCAGCCAGACACUCUGUCUAUUGCUAGUCAUGCAUCUCUACCAAAUAUCUGGACAGCUUGGCAAGCUAUUACUCCUUUAGUGGAAGAACUGAAUGUCCUGCUCCAGGAAUGGCCGGGCCUGUACUACACUGUGCACGUCCUCUGUUCAAAGUGCCUUAAAAGAGGGUCACCCAACCCCCACACUUUCCCAGGAGAACUACUGAGUCAGCCGAGACCUGAGGGACUGACAGAGAUCAUCUGUCCCAAGAACGGCAGCGAGCGAGUUAAUGUUGCCUUGGUUUACCCCCCAACUCCUACUGUGAUCAGCCCUUGUUCCAAAGUGGGAACGUGCUUGAAGAACAGAUCUGUGUUGCAGUGGGAACAAAUGUGGAACCACGCUCACAAUUAAAGCCAAUAAAUCAUCAGUGUUGGUGCCAAAGGUUUUCCACCAGGCAGAACAUGACUGAUGCUCUGCAGUGCUCCAGUCUCUCCAGUUGUGGAGUUGCAUGCUGAUGAGGAUAGAUGGGACUUUGGACUCUGAAACACUGUGGGGCAGGGGCAGCUCCCAGGUGGGGGCCUCAUAGCUGGAGUGGAUGCAGUCACCUGGAAAUCGGGGACAACAAGAAGGCAUGAAGCAAAAUGAUUGCUGCAGAUGGCAGGGCUGCUGGCCAGAGGGGAAGCACUGGGGAUAGGAUUCUGUGGACCCAUUGAUCAUGUGUUGAAAACCCAUUUGGAUCUCAUGAUGAAUGUAAAAAUGUUCUUGGUACCAUUUAAUUCAGACCUGCUUGAAGGAAAGUCUCUUGAAAUGAGCUGUAGCGGGAUCCCCUGGAUUUGUUCCUGGACAAGUGAGUUUUGUGGCAGCUGGCCAAGGCUUUUUUGAGGAGGGGGUUGAUGCUAUGAAGCCUUUAAAAUUGCUCCAUUUCGAAACAGUUUUCUGUGUCCCACACAGCAAGCUUGGGUAGUGGCUGGCCGAUUAGGACAAGAAGCAGGCUGGGUUUCCUGCUUUGUGUGUUCACAUGCACUGUGCCAUGAAGCAGCAAGACUGUGUCAUAAUCACGGAAGGACAGAAGAGUGGUCAAUGUGUCUCUGGCACCUGCCACGUCUUCCAUAUCACUAGCUCCCAACAGCUCAUAGUCUGCCAUGUAUUGAUGCUCUUGAGUUGCAAUUCUGGUACUCUCUAUGCAUUGUGGCCACUAGAGCAGUCUAGAACUGGGUUCUCUUCCUAACAAAGCCAUCCAAGCAUCUUUGUGCAGAAAUUUAGUGAAGCAGCAUAUGGCUGUGUGGUACAAAUUGGUCCUGAUCCCCUUGGGCUGACUGCAGCAGCUGUGCUUGGUGAGCAGCCAUUCUCUUUUGGCAAGAUGUGAGAUAGGGUGGGAUGAGCACUGGCACCACAGUGCUGGUUUCUUUCCUGAAUAGGUUAAAGACUUCUGAGAUGUUGCUGUCAGUUUGUGCCCUACAGCUGAGCCCUGAUAACUGGACUGUUAAGUCCUGUUCACUGCAAAUAUUUGAUUUAGUGCAAAUCAAUUAGGAGGCAGACAUUUCCCAAGAUAGCAUCCCUUGAUCUGAUGGUGGUGGAGUUCUGAGAGAUCAUGGACUCAAAGUGCUUGUGUUGAUAUCCAGCUCUUAAUCCUGUGGGCAGACCUGAGAUGGAUGAUACUGAUUGGCAGGCAGUUCCCACAAGGAUACAGGCUGGCCAAGCCUGCAAUUGGUGCAUGACAGUGGCAUGCAUCCUGCUAGGAUCUGCUGCUGUUGCACAGG